AUGAUUUUGGGAUAUUGGUUGCUGACAUCAUUCAUUGUUCCAGAUUAUGAUAUCCACUCAAAAUUCACGAUCUUUUUAUUUUGUUUAACCUUUAGUUUGAGUACUAUGGCAUUGGGGAUGUUCAUUUUUGAGAUCUUCAAGAUUGGACAAUCAUAAACUCGACCAAAAUUAUGGUCAUUCACUUUAUUUAGCGACGUUUUAUUAUUGCUUUACAUAUUGCCUUCUUUAUCAUUGAUUUUCAUAUUCCAUAGUAUUCAAUCUAUUCCUAAAGGCAUUGCUGGAUUUCUAUCUAUAAUUCUUAUAAUUUUGUAUUUAGUGUAGAAGUUCCAUCCCACUAAUAUAGAUUUUAAGCUGGCUUCCCAAAUAGAUUUCAUCACCAACAUAGGAACAUAUAUGAUAGGAAUUCUGUCAGGAUUCGGUGCAGUGUAUUGUCCUUGGGCAUAUUUCCAGAUGAUUAUUAACAAGGUGAAAUAAGGCAAAAAGGCGAUUGUAAGCAACAUCUAUUUCAUUCUUGCGGAAAUCGAAAAGUCAGUGGUGAAAUUGGUUUUGAUCAAUGAGCAAUAUAGACAUAAACUGAUUGGGGAGGAGAAGCCAACUUUCUUUUGGGCCAGAAUAACGAGUUGGUUUAAAAAGACACCUACAGAAUCACAGUAAAGAAAAGAUUUGAAGGAAGAACUACGUUAAUUGAAGGCCAUUCACAGUUAAUUGUAUGAUCAUUUCAAAGACUACAUCGAUGAAGAGACCAGGUACUAUCAAUCAAAAUCUUUUUAUGGCAAAUUCCUUAAGAGAUUGGCAUGGAUUGUAUUGAUUUAUUGUAUUUACAAAAUGAUAAUGAGUACAAUCAAUGCAAUUUGGGGAAGGAAGAAGUCAAUAGAUCCAAUCAGUAGGAUUUUAAAAGUUAUCUUGCCAUUUUUUGGAUUUGAAUUGGAUCAAAUCACUUAUGAGACUCUUGCUAUGUAUGGGACAUUCAUUUUUAUGGGUUACUUGAUGUUCAGCAAUGUUAGAUCAUUCUCCUUGAACUUAGUUAACAUCUUCAAUACUUUUAUGGGCAUGGCAGUUCUACAGAAAUUACCUUAUGAAAUUAUGGUGCUAUUUAUUGCAGAGGUGUUUGGAGUGUAUCUUUUAUCAACAGUUAUUUUAUUGCAAACAAGCUUACCAGAUAGCUUCAUAUCUAAUCUGAAAGAAUAUUCUUAAGGUAUUGAAAUAUUAAGCCACUAUGAAAAAAUUGAUAAAUUAUUUUUAUUAAGUGGUUUUAUAAGUACAUUAAUAAUAUAUGCAAAUUAUCAUAGAAGAAAAUCGAAAUUAGAAAACUUUGAGAAAUCAGAUUUGAAAUUACGGGAUUGA